ACCAGUAGCUUUUAAAUUCUUCACCAUUCCCUUUGUACUUCCUCUUUUCUCUUUCCUUUUUUCGUGGCUUUCCAAUAUUUCUACUAUGGCCAGGGAGCUGAAGAAAAUGGGGGUUGUGUGUGGGAUUGUAUUGCUGUUGAAUAUGUGGUGCAUGGCACAAGCAGAGCCUCAAGUACCAUGCUACUUCAUUUUUGGGGACUCUUUGGUGGAUAAUGGCAACAAUAACCAGCUCCAAUCGCUGGCUAGAGCCAACUACCUGCCCUAUGGGAUCGACUUUGCCGGCGGACCGACCGGAAGGUUCUCCAAUGGAAAAACUACGGUUGAUGUUGUUGCUGAGCUUUUGGGCUUCGAUGAUUAUAUACCUCCCUAUGUAACUGCAAGCGGCCAAGACAUACUGAAAGGAGUGAACUAUGCAUCAGCAGCCGCAGGAAUUAGAGAGGAAACUGGUCAGCAACUGGGCGGCCGGAUAACCUUCCGUGGGCAGGUGAGAAACUACCAAAAUACAGUUUCACAAGUGGUAAACCUACUUGGGGAUGAAAACUCAGCUUCAAAUUAUCUAAGCAAGUGUAUAUACUCAAUUGGAAUGGGCAGCAACGACUACCUUAACAACUAUUUCAUGCCCCUAUUCUACUCGACCGGCAGCCAAUAUACGCCUGAACAAUAUGCUGAUGUGCUUCUUCGAGAUUAUUCUGAGCAACUAAGGAUUUUGUAUCAGUAUGGAGCAAGGAAAAUGGUCUUGUUCGGAGUGGGUCAAAUAGGGUGUAGCCCGAACGAGUUGGCUCAAAAUAGCCCUGAUGGUUCAACAUGUGUACAAAGAAUCAAUUCUGCCAUCCAAAUAUUCAACAACAAGUUGAAAUCUCUUGUCAAUGAACUCAACAGCAAUUUCGCAGAUGCAAGAUUUAUCUUAGUAGACUCUUAUGGGAUUUUCCAAGAAAUAAUUAACAGCCCUUCAUCUUUUGGUUUCAGGGUUACAAAUACGGGGUGCUGCGGUGUAGGGAGGAACAAUGGGCAAAUCACAUGUCUACCUCUUCAAACUCCAUGCCCAAACAGGGAUGAGUACCUGUUUUGGGAUGCUUUUCAUCCAACUGAGGCAGGGAAUGCAAUUAUAGGGAGGAGAGCUUAUAGUGCUCAAUCUGCAUCAGACUCUUACCCAAUUGAUAUCAACCGAUUAGCCCAGCUCUGAAGAUGGAGAUUAUGGGUGCAUGCAUGCGGUUGCACCAUAAGAUAUAUAUAUAUAGACAACUAUUGAUACUAUUUUUCUUGCUAUGAGCCUAAGAUUAUAUUUAUCUUUGUAACCUUUCGUUUCAAUGGAAUUCAAAAUCCAAUUAAUUUA